AUGACCUUUAGCCCGUUCACGGACAGCUAUGGAAUGUUCAGUCUCCUCAAUUCGAGCGAGCUAAAUGGCGACGGCUGGUCAGGCUCUGCGCACACUUUGUCAGAAGACCUGAAUUUUUCAGACAGGAAUCCCUGUACACUCGCAUUCCCGCCUGUUCUAGUGGAUGAAUUAAUUGAUCUGUUCUUCCUACGUGUGCAACCUUCUAUUCCUAUCUUCCACGAACCGAGUUUUCGGCAAAAGUUCCACGUCGGCAGCAGCAACAACGACAGAUACGCACGGUUGUCGAUUGAGGACGCCCUGAUUUUGACAGCAAUGAUGGCCCUGUCAGCGAGGUUCUCGACUAACGAUUUCUUCCCGUCCGCCAUGUCGAAGGAUAAAGGCAGAGUGUUCGCCCGGAAAGCAAACGCCUUUUACGCGGAAGCUCUUCAAAGUGAUGAGCAAGGCAGCGACGAAGGGAACGAAAUCUCCCUCGGUUUCCUCCAGGGGUGCAUCCUAUUGGCAUUCUACGAGCAGACAAACAGAAUCACGACCCAAAGCUGGCUCCUUAUCGGCACUUGCUGUCGACUCGCAAUCGACUUGGGACUCAACGAGGUGGACAAGGACGUCAUGAUUAGCAACGAAAUUGCAAUACCCACAGCGUCGCCCGCUGAGGAGCAUCGGCAGCAACAUCAGCACCAGUAUUUAACAGCAGAAGACUCCUGGGUUCAGAAAGAGGAGAAGAGGAGAGCCUGGUGGCUGGUGUGGGAAUUGGACGUGUUCGCCGCCACCAUCCUGCGCAGACCACACUCUAUCAACAAGGAUCAAAUGCACGUCUUGCUUCCCGUGUCAGACGCCUCGUGGUUCUCUGAAACACCCACGGAAUCGAUCUUCCUUCAGACCGACUUUCUCCACGAGUGGCAGACGUUGGAAAACUGUCCCAACGCGGAUGAAAGGGCCUGGUUCCUUGUCACGACCCUUCUCAUGGCUAGGGCGGCCGAUCUAGCUUCCCCAGAGAAUACCUUCACCUUACAGGACACUGUCAACUUCGGGUCGACUUUGAAUUGCUUCGCUCUGCUCCUCCCCCAGUGGUUUCAACUAGACUUUGUGCGAGCCCCGUUCGACGAAAGAAACUUUGCCGCCAACAACUGGGCACUUCUUACUAUAUUCAUGCUUCACACAGCACGCGUCCUCGUCCGAAACGCACAAUAUAUCAAAUCCCAAAACGGGCUGGAGAAUUCCGCCAUCGUGGCCGCGCUCCCCACUGGCCCGCACAGCGACACUUAUCUCGUCUUCCGCGCCAUGGAGGCCUGGCCGCCCGAAUACAUCAUCUACGCCUGUCCGUUUGUCUCGUGCACCAUCAUCGGUCCAGCCUUUGACAAUAUCCGGGCUGCACUGCUGUUCGAGCCUGGGGGCCAUGGAACCUAUCUGUCCAUGUUGAAACUGAUUCUCAAGAGGAUUGGGACGUUCUGGGGUAUUGGGGAGAGCGCGCUGAGUGAGUUGAAACCCUUCUCCCCUUCCCUCUCCUCUCCUCGAACAAGUUUCACUCUUCACAUUUGCAUCUCCAUCCUUUUGAAUUUUUUCAUUAUCCCAGUAUUUCUGUAUCCUUGA